UUCCUGCAAGAGAUUAUAUAUAUAAAGGCCUUCUGCGCAAGCUCCCUCUUCCACAAUUCUCCCGUUUCUUCCAUUCUAUCCAAUCCCAGUUUUGCAGGCUGUGUCUGUAUUCAGUCAAAUUUUCAAGUGUCACAGUGUGGAGCUUUUUAUGUCCGAACAAGCCAUUCUCUAUUCUGGGACAAUUGGUCUGCUUGGAAAAUAUUGUCCUAAGUCAAGGAAAAAGAAUCCUCAUUUCUCUCAUAAAAUUGAAUGUAUCCGUCUCAUACCAUUCCAGGAGCAACUAGCAACUCAGUAUUUUCGUGCUGACGACCUCCUUGAAGGCUUCCCCCUAGCAGAUCCUGAUCACUUCCUCUGAGUACUACAGUCUCUGCAAACAUGGCGCUGCAGAACAUUGGUGCUGGCAACAGUGAUGAUGCCUUCUACAGGUACAAGAUGCCGAGGAUGAUCACCAAGAUUGAGGGUCGUGGAAAUGGCAUCAAGACUAAUGUUGUCAACAUGGUUGAUAUUGCAAAGGCUUUGGCUCGCCCAGCUUCCUACACUACAAAAUACUUUGGUUGUGAACUUGGAGCACAGUCAAAAUUUGAUGAAAAAACUGGAAUCUCGCUCGUUAAUGGGGCCCAUGACACGCCCAAACUUGCGGGCCUUCUUGAAAACUUCAUCAAAAAGUAUGUUCAGUGCUAUGGGUGUCGAAACCCUGAAACAGAGGUCUUAAUUACCAAAAGCCAAAUGGUCCAACUGAAAUGUGCUGCCUGUGGUUUCAUAUCUGAUGUGGACAUGAGAGACAAGCUCACUUCUUUUAUCCUCAAGAACCCACCAGAAGCUAAAAAGAGUUCAAAGGAUAAGAAGUCAUUGAGGAGGGCUGAGAAGGAACGUCUGAAGGAAGGCGAGGCUGCUGAUGAGGAGCUUAAGAAGGUGAAGAAAGAUUCAAAGAAAAAGGUUUCUUCUUCCAAGGAUGCCCCUGCAGCAAAAACUAGCUCUAAAAAGAAGCUCAGUGGGUCAGAUGGUAAUUCGCCACCUAGAAACCAUGUUAACGAAGAGGAUGAAGACGAUGAUGAUGACGGUGAUGAUGUGAUGUGGCAGACUGACACAUCUAUGGAGGCCGCACGCCUACGCAUCCAAGAGCAGCUGAAUGCCGUAACUGCUGACAUGGUUAUGCUUUCUACAGAAGGUGACACCACAGGGAAGAAGUCCAAGAAAGCCAACAAGGAUCAAGAAAGCCCAAAAGCUGUUUCUCCACCUUCUGACGAGGGUGAGAAAAUAGAAACAUCCCUGCACGAGAGGCUUGUUGAGGAGCUGAAGGAGAAAAUCAAGGAAGGCAUCACUCCCAGCCAGUUUGUAUCUGUUCUUGGAUCUCUUUCUGGGACUCCCCAGGAGGUCAUGACUGCGCUAUAUGAAUCCCUCCUUGAUGGGGUUGACAAGGGGUAUGCAAAGGUGAUUCUCAAGAAAAAGAACUAUCUUGCAGCUGCCAUGUCCCAGAAUGAAGGGUCACAACUCAUGUUGCUGAAAGCCAUAGCUGAGUUCUGCUGGCAAUCAAACUCUGCUGCUGUGAAGGAAGUUGCCCUGGUCUUGAAAGCUCUCUAUGAUGCCGACAUUCUGGAGGAAGAAUACAUAGUGCAGUGGUACAAUGAGGGUGUCAAGGAGGACAAGGACGCUCCGCUUUGGAAGAAUGCCAAACCUUUCAUUGAAUGGCUUCAAAGCGCAGAGUCCGAAUCCGAGGAGGAAUGAAAGGUUGUGUGCUUUUAUGCUUCUUUAUAUAUAACGCUUGCUUGUGUUUCUUGAUCCCUAAAUAUAGGGCAACUAUUACUACUACCCCUUUAUGUUCCUGUUUGAAGCGUCUUAGUCCCGGUCUGGACAUGUCAUUUGGUCGUGUGUGUUUUCCUACAAGUCGUGUCUUGUUUUUAUGGUCACAUUUGUGAACGUCACCCGUACAAGUGUGUGUUUGAACUCCCUCGACUAUAUAUUCAUAGCUGAGUUUUUCUCCCUA